UAAAAAAUUAAUCAGUUGCAACUCAUAUGAAAAAUACUUGGAAUAUCAACAAGUUCAUCAUCCCUUAAAACCACAAUCUUGAUAAUAUAAUAAAAUAACCAAUAUGGGCAAGCCGCUGCAAACCCUUAAUCACAAAGAGAAGCCUGAUGCCAACGGCUAGAUUUUCAAGUCCCUCUCUAUGGCUUCCCCAAACCUCUCUUUCCUGGCUCACCUCCUACAAGAUUGCGUUCACUCCAAUUCUUUUCAAGGAGCUCAAGCCCUCCAUACCCUCAUUCUUAAGUCUGGCCUUCUUCUCCGCACCUUCCUCUCCAACCGCCUUCUCCAGGCUUACCUAAAAGCCGGCCAACCUUCCUUUGCUCACAAGCUGUUCGACGAAAUGUGCACUAGAGACCUCUUCACAUGGAACAUAAUGAUCACUGGAGCCAUCAAAGCUGGGAAUACUGGCCUUGCUCGCAAGUUCUUUGAGGACUCGCCAUGCAAAACUGACGUUUCUUGGGAUUCAAUCAUUAAAGGGUAUGCCCAAGAGGGGGAUGGACCAGAAUCUCUGCGUUUGUAUGCUAGGAUGAUUCAGGAAGGGCAUCGCCCGACGCAAUUCUCAAUUUCUAGUGCCCUCCAGGUUUGCGCCCGUUCUUCAUCACUGCAUAAUGGGAAGCUUUUGCAUUGUCAAAUGCACCGUUUUGGAUUGCAAGGUGACGUCUUUGCUUGCACUUCUUUGGUUGAUAUGUAUUGCAGGUGCCAAAGGCUUGACUAUGCUGGUCAUGUCUUUUAUGAGAUGCAGGACAAAAACAUUGUCUCUUGGAAUGUGAUUUUGACUGGGUUAUCUCACAAUUCUCUGGCGGAGGAUUGCUUGAUAAAGUUUAAGGAGUUGCUGGAGACGGAGAUCGAACCAGACCAUAUUACUUUUGCUGUUGUACUCAGUUCAAUUUCAGCUUUGGCAAAUUUAUCUUGUGGGAUGCAAGUUCAUGGUUUUGUCACCAAAACACCAGUUGUCAAAAAUGUGUUUGUUGGAACUGCUUUGCUGGAUGUCUAUGCUAAGUGCGGGGGUAUGGAGGAUGCUCGUCGGAUCUUUGAGGCAAUGGAAGAAAGGAAUAUUGUCACUUGGAGUUCCAUGAUCAUUGGGUUUGCGCAAAACGGAUAUGGAAGAGAAGCAAUCAGUUUUUUCAAGGAGAUGACAGCAUUGGGAAUCCAUCCUGACUCCUUUACCUUUGUUGGGCUGCUCAUGGCUUGCAGCCAUUCAGGACUUGUGGAAGAUGGCCGUUAUUAUUUUGAUUGCAUGAAGAUAUACGGUAUCAUACCGGAUGAUACUCAUUAUACCUUACUGGUGGACCUACUAAGCCGUGCUGGCUGUUUGCAGGAAGCAAGGGAAAUCAUUAAAAGUAUGCAAAACCCAGAUGCUGCCGUUUGGGGUUCAUUGCUUGGAGCCUGCAGAGUCCAUAAAAAUUUGGUAUUGGGAGAAAUUGCAGCUAUGAAAAUUUUUGAUAUAGAACCAUGCAAUGCUUCAGCUCAUGUUUUACUCUAUCACUUAUAUGCUGAGUGUGGUGAGUUAGAAGAAGCUGCGAAAGUGCGAAAAAAGAUGAAGGGCAUUGGAGUAAAGAAAGAUCCUGGAUAUAGUUGGCUUGAGGUGGAUAAUGUGGUGCAUUACUUUGUUGCUGAUGAUAAUUUACAUCCAAGAAUGAAUGAGAUUAUUUUGGCAUUAGAGGAAAUGGUUAAAAAUAUUGAAAAAGAGGGCUAUGUGUCUGAUGUCCUAAGCUUUAGAGAGGAUGGGAGGAAAUCAUAUCAUAGCGAGAAAUUGGCAGUUUCUUUUGGACUUAUCUGUGCAAGUAUUGAAAAACCCAUUAGGGUAAUGAAAAACUUAAGAGUAUGUGAUGACUGCCAUAUUACCAUGAAGUUCAUUACCAGAAUCUCAGGUAGGGAGAUUAUUCUAAGAGAUGUUUCUCGAUUCCAUCAUUUUCGAAAUGGGGAGUGCUCUUGUGGAGAUUAUUGCUUGGAUUGGCUAGCGAGCACCCACGACCUUGCCACCACUGUGCGAGCACAAAGAAGCGACCACUAGCUUGAGGGUGCUUGUAUGUGGAGAGAUUAUUCUGUCCAGACACCGAACAAAGCUUAUCGUCCAAAGGCGAAUCAGGUGCAGCCACGUCAUCCAGUACCGAGCAAUACCGAGCUGCGAUAUCGAGUAGGAGGUGACGUGGUGCAAUUUCAUUGGGCUCUGGAUGGCAUUUGGCAUCCGCACAAAAUAAUUUCACUUGUACGUGAGGUUGCUAGUAUUGAUAACCUUGCAUCAAUGCUAGUGACCUUGUGUUGCCGUAGAGGAGCUCAUGUCGGUGUCAUUCAAAAUCUACCGGCUUUGGCCAGUGUUGGUUUUAGUUUGUAUGAAUUUUAUUUUUAAAAAAAUUUAUUGUAAAAAUUUUGUAUUACUUCAUGAAUUGUUAGGAAUCCUUGCAUCUAUACUUGCAUAUUCAGAAUGCCAAGAAUGGUUACCUUGGGUAAAUUGUGCAUGUACUUGAUUUUCAAGAAAAAAACUGGCA